AUGGUGCCCCAUCUCCUGCUCCAUCUCUCAUGCCUCACACUGGUCUGGGCAGCAUCAGCAGAGACAAAGCUUGGAUGCCAAGCCCAAUGUGGCAACAUAAGCAUUCCCUACCCAUUCGGCAUGGGAGAGGGUUGUUCCAUUAGCCCAUCACACCACAUCAACUGCAACACUUCCUAUGAUCCCCCUAAACCCUUCUUGGGCACCACUGACAAUGAGGUCCUGGAAAUAUCACUUUAUCAUGUCCGCGUAAAUAAGGUUCUAGCUUUCAACUGUUAUGAUGAAGCACCAGUCUCAGGUGCUCAUAGAACCGAUUUGGAGGGCACCCCUUACACCAUCUCACACACUGCAAAUAGGUUCAUAGUCAUUGAGUGUGACGCCUAUGGCUUAAUCCGAGGGUCCAAGGGAGGCUUCACGAGCGGGUGCAUGUCAGUCUGCCAAGAAAGAGAGGACUUGAUCGACGGGGCAUGCUCAGGGGAAGGUUGUUGUCAGACCACCAUUCCGAAGGGCCUACAGAGGUUCGCCAUAAUUGCCGGCAGCAUGAGCAACCACUCAACUUGUCAUCUGGCCGAGCAAGAGCGUUAUAGGUUCAAGGCAUCCGACCUAGCUGCAGGCACCAGCUUCGCUGCUAGAAGUACCGAUAUCCCUGUGGUUCUUGAUUGGGUUAUAGUGAACCAGACCUGUGAAGAAGCUCGAAGAAACUUGUCGACCUUCGCCUGCCGAGAGAAUAGUUAUUGUUAUGACGUCGACUCAGACAAUGGUCCUGGAUAUCGCUGCAGUUACAACAAAGGUUACGAAGGGAAUAUUCCGUAUCUCCCCGGCGGUUGCCAAGGUAUGCUCUUCUCUUCUUAUUUCCAUCAAACCAUCUAA